AUGUCCCAUACAAAACACAUAACCACUUUUGUUCCUCGUUUAACUUCUUAUUCUUCUUCUUCUUCCAAACAUCUUUUUGUCUUUUUCUUUCAAAAGGUAAUAGAUAAUCGCCACCAUGAAGCAAAAGAUGGUAGUGAAGGUUUCCAUGAAUGGCGACAAAUCCCGCUUCAAGGCAUUGAAAAUUGCAGUUGGUCUCUCAGGGUGGAGUCGGCUUCGUUGAAAGGCGAUGACAAGAGCCAAAUAGAGGUAACAGGGAAUGGUGUGGAUGCAGUUAAGCUAGCAAGUCUGUUAAGAAAGAGCGUGGGGUUCGCCGAGCUGAUGAGCGUCAGUGCCGACGGUGGUGAAAAGAAGGAAGAGAAGAAAGACGAUCCGAAGCCAGAGCCACCGUUCUGCUAUGUAUCGCUGUCGUUUAAUCCAUCGUACCAUUAUUAUCAAGCGAUGCCUUCGUAUGAAUAUGUCGACAACUAUGGCCCCUCCCCCUCUUGCUCCAUCUUGUAAUCACAGACGCAGAAUUUUACACUUCACAACCGACAACAAUAAAUGAGACAAAUAUAUUACCUGACUUAAGUUCCUCAAAUUUUUUAGGUCAUAAUCAUGUCAAAUUUAGAGCUCAAAUCACUGUACUUUCACAUGCAAUUCUUUUUUUUUGUUUGGUUUUCAUUUUUUUAAAUAUAUAUAUUUGAAGAAA